CGCCGCCGCCGCCCCCGGGCCCAUGCGGCCCCCUCGGAGACCAUGGGGUCCCGUGUUAAGCAAAACCCAGAAGCAACGUUUGAAGUCUACGUCGAAGUGACUUAUCCAGCGGUCGCAGGCAAAGAUCCUGAGGUGCGGCGGCAAUUCCCAGAGGACUACAGUGACCAGGAAAUUCUACAGACCCUCACCAAGUUCUGCUUCCCCUUCUAUGUGGACAGCCUCACCGUUGGCCAAGUUGGACAGAACUUCACCUUCGUGCUCACAGACAUCGACAGCAAGCAGAGGUUCGGAUUCUGCCGCUUAUCUUCCGGGGCCAAGACCUGCUUCUGUAUCUUAAGUUACCUCCCGUGGUUUGAAGUCUUCUAUAAACUGCUCAGCGUCUUGGCGGACUAUACAGCAAAGGGCCAGGACAACCAGUGGUAUGAACUCCUGGACACCCUUCUUAAAUUGCCCAUCCCCGAGCCGGCCACUUCUGUUCAUCUCAGCGUGCACUCUUACUUCACUGUUCCCGACAUCCGAGAACUUCCCAGCAUACCCGAAAACAGAAACCUGACGGAGUACUUCGUGGCGGUGGACGUCAACACCAUGCUGCACCUGUACGCCAGCAUGUUGUACGAGCGGCGCAUCCUCAUCUGCUGCAGCAAGCUGAGCACCCUGACGGCCUGCGUCCACGGCUCCGCAGCGAUGCUCUACCCGAUGUUCUGGCAGCACGUGUACAUCCCCGUGCUGCCCCCGCACCUCUUGGACUACUGCUGUGCCCCAAUGCCCUACCUCAUAGGAAUACACUUAAGUCUGAUGGAGAAAGUUAGAAACAUGGCCCUGGAGGACGUGGUCAUCCUCAAUGUUGACACGAACACACUGGAAACACCUUUCGAUGAUCUCCAGAGCCUUCCAAACGACGUGGUCUCUGCGCUGAAGGGCAGGCUAAAAAAAGUCUCCAUGACCACGGGCGACGGAGUGGCGAGAGCGUUCCUGAAGGCCCAGGCUGCCUUUUUUGGGAGCUACAGAAGUGCGCUCAAGAUCGAGCCCGGGGAGCCCAUCACCUUCUGUGAAGAAACGUUUAUCUCCCACCGGUCUGCCGCCAUGCGGCAAUUCCUGCAGAACGCCAUCCAGCUGCAGCUUUUCAAACAGUUCAUUGACGGCCGACUUGAUCUUCUCAACUCGGGAGAAGGCUUCAGCGAUGUCUUUGAGGAGGAGAUCAACAUGGGGGAAUAUGCAGGUAGCGACAAGCUGUACCACCAGUGGCUGUCGACCGUCAGGAAAGGAAGUGGGGCCAUCUUGAAUACGGUCAAGACCAAGGCCAACCCCGCCAUGAAGACCGUCUACAAAUUUGCAAAAGAUCAUGCAAAAAUGGGAAUAAAGGAGGUGAAAAACCGCUUGAAGCAAAAGGACAUCACCGAGAACGGCUGCGCCACGGUGCCGGAAGACUCUGUCCCGCAGGCGGCUCCUUCCCCGCUGGCUGAGAAGCGAGAUCCGAGGCUCCGGGAGGACCGGCGGCCCAUCACCACACACUUCGGACAGCCAGAUGCCCGGCCGAUGAGACCUCCUCCUCCCAACAUCCACCGCUCCGCCAGGCCCGUCCGCCCCCCCAGACCGCACGUCGCCCGGAGGCCCAGGAGCCAUGUCGCUGUGGACGGCCGCAGGACCUCCGUCUCCAGUCCAGAGCACUUGGUAAAGCCCACGCGCCACUAUACCGUCUUUCUCUCGGAGGACUCUUCCGGCGAUGAGUUUCCUCAGGAAGACGACCCCGGCUCAGCCUUCUCUGACAGCUUCCUCUUCUCUGCUCCUUUCGAAUGGCCCCAGCCUUACCGCACGCUGAAGGAGUCGGACAGUGCCGACGGGGAGGAAGGUCUCAGCCUGGAGCGGCCCCGCGACACUGGCCGCGCUGACCCCCCGACGCCGGAGAGCCCUGCCGAGCUCAGCCUGCUGGAAGGGCUGUUCUCAGGCCUGGAGGUGGAGCCGCCACCGCCCCCACCGCUCAGCCAAGCCAAGAGCCUGGAGGACCUGCGGAUCCCGCCGGAGCCGGCUGACCAGCUGCACGACGUGGACUCUCAGAGGACGGACCCUGCCUUCUCCGAGGAGAGCUGGGCAGCCCCGGGGAUGAAGCGUGCCCACCACUACAAGCAGCCGUGGGGCCUGGGCUGCGACGACAUGGCCAUUCCCAGCAAGCUCUUGCAGAGCUCCCCGGAGAGGCCCCUGACACCCCUCGGGAACGUGCCCCCCGUCCCGUGGAGGCCCCGGAGCCGGGACAGCAUCUUGGACCUUGUGGAGAAGGAAGCGGGCGGCCCCGUGGGCACCCAGGGGAGCAUCACCAUCCCACGGCCACAAGGGAGGAAGACGCCGGAGCUGGGCAUCGUCCCGCCGCCACCGCCGGCCCCCAGGCCGGCCAAGCAGCAGGCGCCCCCGGGAACGGUCCCCGGCCCCGUGGGGCAGAGCGGCCUGGCCUCGGAGCUGCUGCAGGAGACUUUUGCCGCCGGGAGCCUCUCGCGGGACCCGGAGUUCGGGCAGCCCAGUGGCCUCGCCUCACAGCCGCCUCUGCCACUUCUGUCCAGCGCCGGCGGGGCUGCGGAAAUGCUCCAGCCCGUGCGAGUCACCCAGGAGGGGACCAACAGCGACAGCGACUUCCUCCUCUCCCUCCUCGACCCCUUGAAAGCCGGGGGCGGUCCGGAAGCCGGCUUCCGUCCCGGCGGCCCCCGAGGCCUGCUGGGCUGCAUGUCCCCCGGCACAGCCGGGGCGUUCCCCUCGCCGGCGGGCGACCUCAUGCCCCUCGCGGCGGCACCCUUCGGCCAGCCCCUGGCGUUCCCCCGCCCGGCCGCGCCCUUCGUGCCGGCGCCUCUCAACCCCUUCGUGCCGGCCAUGCUGCUCACUCUGGCCAGGCCGCCCGGCGGCUCCUUCGCCUCCCCGCUCGGCCACGCCUACAGCUCCAGCUUCAUCACCUCCAGCUCCAGCUUCUUCCCGCCCCAGCAGCCUCCCCCGAACCCGCUGACGCUCUCCAUGCCCAACCUCUUUGCCCAGGCGCCCGCGGCCCCCCUGCAGCCUCCGCAGCCCACCCACAGCGGUGCCCUGCCGCCGGCACGGCGCGGGGGCCCUUCCAAAAUCCGGACUCUGCCUCUGGCGCACCCCGCCUCCAAGCUGGGGGGCCGGGCCGGGCCAGCCGCCAGGCCCAGCGACCUCCCGCUGGCCCCCCAUCCCGCGGGCGCAGCUGAGGCGGUGCUGCGCCCCUCCGGGCCCCGGGAGGCCAGGGAUCCCUUCGAGGAGCUGCUUAGCAAGACCAGGCAGGAGGUCUCAGUCACGCCCGGCAAAGUGGAGCAGUUGCGGCGGCAGUGGGAAACCUUCGAGUGAGCGCCGCAGCCGCCCUUCCUUUCCUUGUUGCCUGCUGAGCCCCACAAGCCCCCGGUAAGCCUGCGACAGCCCGAAGCUGCCGGGCCGUGGGGCCCCCGCAAGAAGAGCUGGCUGAACCCCGCUGUGUGGCGGGGGGGGGCCGGUGGGACCUUUGCGGGCUCCCUCUCCAUCGCUGAUGGCCAGCGGUGGCCAAAAACAAGACCUGGGGUAGGGUGGGGUGGGGCACCCCCCAAAUUGCCCCAAGGAGCAGCUGGAUGCGCGAGUGCUCAGUUGCUCCCCAGGCCCCUUCCUGCCCCCCCUGACACCCCUGCCGUCACGACCCACUGCCCCCGCCCGGGGGCGGCCUCGCCCUUCCCCAGCGCCCGGUGCUGCACUUCGCGUUCUGCAGGGCGCAGCUCCGUCUCGCUUUCACACGUACAUCCAGCGCACGAGCCCGGCGCUCGGGCGGGCUCAGCCACUGGCUCUUCGGCCACGCUCUCUUCCUCGCCGGCUUCUCUGUUACACAGGCGCACUUUUUGUUGGUGGGUGGGCGCUUCUUUGAGCUCGGCCCUUUGCCUCCGGUCUUCGCCGGCAACAGGGAGCCUCCCCCGGGAAUGGAAAAGCUUUCCCGCCCCGGGCCGAGCGCUUGCACCUAGGGCUGAGGCAAGGAGUCCACCGAGUUGGAAUUGCCAACCUUGAAGCGCAACGCACACGGUCAGGGUUCCCAUAAAGGGCGCCCAGGUGGGCAGACGUGCGUGUUCCAGCAGCUUUCCCCAUCCGGACAUCCUCCAGCUAGGUUGGGACUCUCCCCAUUCACUCCCCUGUCUGGGGAUGAUGGGAAUCACACUCUAACGCAGCCGGAUGGACAUCAGCUUGGGGAAAGCUGCUCCAAAGGGUUCCGAAACGAGGUCGAGUGGCACCAACACCGGGACUUGUGGAAGGGAAACACACAGGACAUGGGGCCAGAGGCCGAUCCUCGGUGCGAGGUGGAGCCCGGCUGAGAAUCUUGGCAGCCUCAAGAAGCCCCUGCACCCUUCUUCCUCGCAGCCCCCUCCGGACAGCAAGCAGAUCUGUCCGGGCUGCUACGGAGGGACAAGAAGAAUUGGAAGCGAGUCCGAGCAACACACGACUGCCACAGAUGCUUCAAGGGCCUGGAUACAUCGGCCUCUCCAUCAGCAGCCGCUUUGAGUUGGGUGACUUAGGUUUAGGGUAUUCUGAAAACUGGGCCUUCUUUCUCCGCACACGCUCAGAGGACGCCAGUCCUCCGCGGCUCCCCUUCCCUUCCCAGUCCGUCUGGCUUCCGUUUUUGCGCCCAUCCUGGCAUUUCCUCCAUGCUGCUGAAGUGUCACUCGAGGCUUCCGACGUCACGCCUGUGCCUGUGGAGUGGAAGUGCCCGGGAGAUCACCAGGGGCACCUCUUGGCAUCGCACGCACAUCAUCCACGUCUGUCCAGCUGUCGCUUUCUCUCGGUUUUGUAUUCUCUCUUUUGCUGGGAAAAAGAUGUUUUUGAUAUUGCCUAGUUCUGAAUAGUAAAACACGUCAAGCCCACUCGUCUAUUUCAUGCAAGAUCGGGGUGCAUUCAGGGGGUGUGGGUUCUCUCCCUGGGUCCUGCUGGUGGGCUGGGGAGACCCACGCUCCCCCCCAGUUUUGGGGUUGGGGGCCACGCUGUUUGCAUCAUGCACUCCUCCAGCUGGGUGCCCCACCUUGCAGAGGGCGAGCCCCCAGCUGCGGGGGCUGGAGGGGGUGCCCUCACGGGUCCCACAGCCUCCCGGUGGUGAAACAAGCGGGCAGUGGCAUCCCCCCCGGGGGUGGAAGGAUUCCCUUCUCUGUGGGCCUCCAGAGGGGCUCGGUGAGUUCACCGCAGGCUCCACGCUUUGGGCAGCUUGGGCCCACUGGCCUGUUGGCCGGAGGUUGCCCGUUCCUCCGUGCAGCCACUGCCCACGUUUACUCUCAUGUAAAUCUGUGGCCAGCUCAGGACGCAGGCUGCAGCCAGGUGCACUGCAGGCCCGGAGAGAGAGAUGCGUGGCUGCCAUGCCGGUGCCGAAGCGGCUUUCUCGCCCGGCGGGUCUCCAGCCCACCCGGUUCCUCCCUGGGUCCCCCUGCCUGCAGAGUUGCCGCCAAGUGAUUUCCUGCGUGCCUGGAGGCAGCCGAUCCACCCCUGGGGCCUCGGGAUGGCCGGGCUCCCAUGUCGGGGGCUGCCCACGGCAUGUGCCCGCCUCCCCGGCUGUGCCAAAGCAUCCGGAGUGCUUCCUUCCCUCGGCACGCUCUCUCCAAGCGGGAAAGAGAGGGAUGCCUCAUGCUGCCAGCGUCAUAUUUUGAACUCUGCGGCUUUAGGACGAGUGUCCCCCAGCUUGCUGCCCUCCAGAUGCUUUGGACUCCGAUUCCCAUCGGCCUCCGCCAGCAGGACCAGUGGUCAGGAAUACUGGGAGUUACAGUCUGAAGCAGCUGGAGGACACCAUAUUGGGGAAGAGACCUUGAUCAACCCGAACUGUGACCACAGUCUUAACACUGUUUACAUCCGUCCGCCAGGACCCAAAAUCCUGGAGGGAUUCAGUUUUGAAAUGUCCGUGUUCAAGGAGAGAACAUGUCUAGAAAUGGAGUCUCCUGCUGAAGCGUUGGCGUUGGCAUUGGCCGAGGGGGGAGGAUUUGGCUGGAGGAAAAUCUCCAACCAUGCCGGGAAGGAUAGAAACCGCUAAUUCGCAUUUGGCGAGUCUCCCUGGGGCCCAGCCAGCCUUCCAGCGCGAAAGGGAACGUCCCAAACCGUGGCCGAGUGGCAGGUGCCCUCUCUCUUUCUGCAAGGUGCUGAUCUCCCGGGUCCCCCGAGGACCGGCUUUGCUGCACGGAUGUGACGUUUUCAGUGACAAUCAAGCAUCUGAAUUGCUCGUGCGGUGAGCAACCCAGGAGGCUGCGUGGCACUGGGCGAGAGCAGUAUCCGUCUGUCAGGGAGGCCUAUGAAACAGACUUUACGAGAAUUCACGCGAACCCACGCGCAGCAGAGUUGCAGUAGAAAUAGGGAAAACGCAUCCUUCGUCACUUCCGUGCUGUCAGAAAUAUUUAUUUCGCCCCCAGCCUCCGGGUGAUCUGGCAAUAUUUGUUCCAUGUUUGUGGCCUAUAGGAUGAAGUGCCGUCACAGGGGGUGUGACCCCAAAAGGUCUCAGAAAAGCGAUGGGAAGUUUUGUCCUUAACACGAUGGCUGCUGUCAGUUUCUCAUUUCACUUUUUGUCUGCCCAGCAUACAAAAGCUGAAUAAAGACUGGAUGUUGCCAA